GCGUGCCGGCCCGGGCGCGGCCCCAGAGAGGCGGUGGCCAGGUCCCGCGGCCCCAGACACCGAGGCCGGCAUCCUGCAGAGCCUGUCCGACCCCGCUGCCGUCGGAGCCCGCCUCUCGGAGCGUGCAGCGAUGGCGCCGGACUGAGCCAUCCGCCGGCAGAGGAGCAGCGCGGUAGGAGAUGGAGGAGCCGGCGGGGCGGGGUGGCGAGGCAGAGCUAGGCCCCCAGACGGAGCUGGGCCCCGAGGCGGUGCUGCGCUUCCUCACGGAGCGUGGGGGCCGGGCCCGUCACUCCGAGCUGGUGCAGCACUUCAGGGGCGUCCUGGGCGGCGAGCCGGAGCAGCGAGCCAGCGCCCGCGCCCGUUUCAAGGAGCUGGUCAACGCCGUGGCCACCGUGCGCACCGACCCCGCCGACGGCUCCAAGUACGUGCACCUCAAGAAGAGGUUCUGCGCGGGGCCCCUGCCUCCCAAUACCUCGUUCGCCGGGGCCCCGCCCCGCAUUGAGGUGACCGCUGAGCCGGAGGCCCCCGACGGCCCGCCGGGAGCCGAGGCCCGCAGUCCGCACCCCGAGGCAGUGGCCCCCGGGCCGGGCCGCGAGCCGAGCUCUGGGGAGCCCCCGGGCGGCGGGGUGGACAGGAAGAACUCGCGGUGCAACGUGCCGCCCCUGCCCCGGCCGCUGGCCCCUGACCCCAGCGAAGACCUGGAACCCUUGCCUCAUGGCGGCGAGGAGGCAGAGGGGGGCAGCUCUCCUGGGGUGGCCACCACCCCGAGGUCCACCCGCCAGAACUUCCGGGACCUGGUGAUGGGCAGCUCCCCGCAGUUGAAGAGGAGUGUGUGUCCUGGGGUUAGCAGCCCAGGGAGCUCCUCGGCAGGAGGACGCAGCCGAGGCGGGGGCGACUCGGACAGCGCUUCGGUGGCUUCGUCCUCUGCGGAGGAGGAGAGCAGUGGCGGAGGAUCGGUGACGCUGGACCCUCUGGAACACUCCUGGAUGCUCUCGGCCUCCAACGGCAAGUGGGAUAGCUUAGAAGAGUUGCUCGCCUGCGAACCUGGCCUGCUGGCAAAGCGGGACUUCAUCACUGGUUUCACCUGCCUGCACUGGGCCGCCAAGCACGGGAGACAGGAGCUUCUCGCCAUGCUGGUGAAUUUUGCCAAUAAACACCAGCUGCCAGUGAACAUCAACGCCAGGACCAGCGGAGGCUACACCGCCCUCCACCUGGCAGCCAUGCAUGGGCACGUGGAGGUGGUGAAGCUGCUUGUGGGGGCCUACGACGCCGAUGUUGACAUCAGGGAUUACAGUGGGAAAAAGGCCUCCCAGUACCUGAGUCAGAGCAUCGCAGAGGAGAUAAAGAACCUGGUGGGAGCCCUAGACGAGGAGGACGGUGAAAGCGCUGCUGGCAGCGGGGGUGGGCGCUGGAGGCUUUCAAAGGUACUCCCCUCACAUCUCAUCACCUACAAACUCUCCCAUGUCCUGGAGGAUGGGGGCGAUCAUCACCACCACCACCAUCAUCACCAUCACCACUUAGCUGAAGGAUUGGCUGGAGGUAAAGGAAAAGAGCCAGGUCGCAAAGCCUUGGGCAGCUCUAGUGGCCGUAUAAAGCCCAGACUCAACAAAAUCCGAUUCCGAACCCAAAUCAUCCACACCACACCCUCUAUCAGGGACCCAGACCAGCCACUGGAGGAGGGGGAGGAGGAGGAGGAAGAACGGUCUCUUAAAGGCCACGCAUCCUCCUUCAAAUUGAGACCAAAGUCCAAUGUAUUUGGGUAAAAAUACUUCCUUUUAGAAAAUACUAAGGUUUAUUUGUCUUCAGAAAUAGAAUAGUAUUUGUGGGUAAAGAAAUUAGACCAGAAAAUACUGAGGCUAAUUAUGCAUUCUUGAGUUGGAAUGGAUGAGAAGGAGGUCUUUUCAGGGGGAAGUGGAUUUUUUUUUAAGUUAUUCAUCAUACCUGACCUAUAUCUCUUUUCCCUACUCCACCUCUGUCCUGGAGUCCAUGCUUCUGAAGACCAGAAAUGUAUCUAAAUUGGGGUGGGGGUAGAACUGAUGACUGUGGGUUCCUUUGCUUUAAUGAUUACUGGAUGCCCUGCAAAAUAGGGAAUAGUGCACUUUUAUGUAUCUGUUUUUAUAAGUGGUUACUCUUCCAAGAGAAACAAAAAAUGCAAAUUGUAAUGAAACUGGUAGUGUUUAUAAAUUGGAAAGCCACAUGCUGCCCUAUUUUGGUUUGGGCUUUUUUUUUCUUACUAAUUGCAUUUGCUUUUUAAGGUACUACUGAAGGUUAGAGUUGAAAUGCAAAAAUACUAAUUAGAGAAUAAUGUGAAUAGAAUAAAAAGAAAAUGCUGUUGGUAUCCUAUUUCUGUUGUAAGUAGCAGUUCACUUUUUUAAAAGCUAUUUCAGUUUUAAUCGAAAAAUGAAAGAAAUGGGCAACAUCCACUUUUGAGUUACCUAAUCUGUAGUAUGGUUUCCACUUAACUAUCUCUAAUGCUACUGUUAAGGUACACCACUGAUAAGGCACACCAGUGUUAAGGUACAUUAUUAAUUACUACACAAAUUUUUUAUUUAAAUAAAAAACACUCUUAGCCUGUGGUACGUUUAAAUAAAACAUUGCCUCAUUCUGAUUUUCACUGACUUGUGUUGCUAUUCUGAAAGUCUAAAUUUGCUGUAGUUUUUAUUCUGGGGAUAAUGGUACUAUUUGGCAUAACCCUAUUUCAUCGUGCCUAGAGUUGAAUUACCUACAGAAACUAUUUCUGGUUUAGUUAGUAAUGAGUAAAAAUUGGCAUAAAUAUUAGUGAGCCCAUCCUUCUGUGAAGUAAUUAUUAAACCAACUUUAAUGAUUCCCACAUAAGAUACACUUUUUAUUUUAUUAAUACAUUUAUAGCCUGCUUUGCAGUAAUGUUUUGGAGAUGUUUAAAAUGCUAAAAUCCUUUCAAUUUUCCAACAUUUCCUUGAAUCUAUUAGAUAUCUAUUAGAUAUUUAUGGUGUGGUUACUGAAAAACUGUAUAGUAAAUCUACCCAGUUAAAUAUGGCACUUUAUGAAAGGGAAAAGAGAAGAGAUGAGACUAUUUCUAUAUAUAAAGGCUGCUGGCUAUUGAAUUCUUUCAUAUGCUAUUCAUAAAAUACUAUUAAUUAAAAUUAAAGACGUCUAAAGUAUGGUUCUUCACUACAUUUCAUUCAUUUAUACAGUAAGUGGCUUUAUAACUACUUUAAAAUUUAACUCAUAAGCAUAUUAUUAUAAACUUUUGUAACAAGAUUAGAAACAACUUUUGUGGGAGACUAAUUUGAAAAACUGCUCCCUUCGUCUUUUGGGUCUCAUGAUUACUGUGCCCUCAGUGCCGACAGCCUACUGAGUGAACAGCCUGAAGGUAAAUGUCGCCAUGUGAAUUGCACAAAGCUGCUUGUGCGGCAUUUAGAGCUCUUAGAUCUUUAAUUUUCCAAGUCAAAGAAAUUUGUCAGAAGUUUGUCACAUCUCUCUCCAGAUGGCAAUUGAAUUUAUUUAAAAUGUGGAUGAAAAAUAUUCACAUAAAAUAUAUAAACUAUUAUCCAUUUGUGUGCCUUUUGUUUUAGGAUCAUGGAUAUGGAUGAUGUACAUUUGAAAAGCACUUUUAUCCAUACUUGUGGGUAGAAACCAAUCUAAUUUUGUAUAAAUUAAAAAGAAGUUCUUUGAAGGUGAAAACGAUCAUUCAUUCAUACAUGUUGCCUUUAUCUAGUGCAGAAUAAGCUAUAACUUCCCAUUGAGGAAUUAUAAAUUUCAUAGGCAUGUAAAGUUGAAGUAACUUUAAAGACUAGACACUUCACAGCCAUCAAAAGGUACAGUUGACUCACAGUAUGAAUCUCUUAAAUGUAUAUGUUGAUAGCUAAUUGCACAAAAUCUUUAAUUUGCUAGAUCUUUAGAGAUUGAGUCAUAUAUCAUGUGCUUUGCUUUUCACACUAAAGGCUUUUAACUUUUCUGAUAAAAUAUUUUUUGAUAAAUUAUUUUAAAUUUUCAAAAAUCAUUCCUGAGGGGAAUUAAUUCUAGCAUUCCUUGUCAUGAUGUGCUUGUGUGCAGUAAAUGUAGCAUUUUCAGCUACUUAACUCUACAUUCCUCUUAUUUUUCAGUUCCAAAUAGAGAUUGUAAAAAGCAAAUGUUCUGUGUAACUUGAUGUCGAUGGAGCCUACCAUUAAUGGAGAUAUAUGUCAGAUACUUAGGUGUUUAUUGGUAUGACACUGUGAUUAAAAAGCCCAAAUGUGCCCGUGUGUUUUUUCAGGUACAAGAGUGUUUGUCACAUUUCUCUUCACUUUCAUGAUAUGUAAAAUGCAGCUAACUCAUGUAACUUGAAAACCUGGUACUAUUUUAUUCAUGCCUGAAACUUGGAGUCUAGGCUGCUUUGUGUCUUGCUUUUUAACUAAGUAAAAGUUUGGGAGUCUGAGAAUGUUAAAGUCUGUUUGUAAAAUUUGUUUUGUUAAAAUAAAAGGAUCACACUA